AUGGGUGGAAUGGUUGUACGAAGAGGUUUGGUGAUACUGAAUAAGUACUUCCCAAUUUCAGCUCUUGCACCAUCUCCUGAUCAGGCUCCUAUGAGUCCGAUAAACAAGAAAGUUUAUGCUUGCGGGGAACGAUGUGUGAACAGAUGCAUGAAGGAAUCAUCAGAGUACCCAGCCUACUCAACAUGUAUGGAGCUCUGCAUUAGAACUCUAGUGGAUGGUGUCUACAGUUGUACACUAGCAAUGGUGCCCGCGCGAUGCUGCAGGUUUUAA